GCUGGGGCCGCCGCCGCGACACGCCAUCCAAAAGUUCCCAACCGUACGUGCUCGAUGGCUGUGGAGUCUGCUUCUCCUCUUUGGCUGUUGCCGGCGCGGAUGUCCCGUCUCCUUGCCUGCAGGGGCGGGUGCGGUCUGCUGGUGCACUCGGAGGCGGCAGGGCCGCGUGGCCGCGAGUACGGCAAGUUCGCGGGCUUCUGCUGCCUCCGCUGCAAGGAGGCGCAGGGCGCAGGUGACCACGGCAAGAAGUGCGAGCACCAGCAGGCGCCCGACGGCACGCCGCGCUUCGGCGAAGAGGCCCCGUUGCGGGACGGCCACGCGGAGCAGCACGGCGUGAAACACUACCGGGGGGAGGUGGGCGGCCAGGUGGUCACGGUCAUCGUCUGCGAGGACCCGCGCCACAAGCACGUGCAGUUCGCCCUGGGCUGGGCCGAGGAGGCCCGGCACCUGUGGGGCGAGGAGCUGCCCGAGCGCGGGACCCGCGAGGUGUGGCCCGGCUGCAACGCGGCGCAGCCCGGUGACGAGCGCCUGUGCGCCGUGGUGCCGGACGGGCCAAAGGUCUUCGGGCUGGGCGGCUCGCUGCUAUCGCCUCCGUCGGCCGAUGCCUCGCAGUCGGCGCGGGCGUCAACAAGAAGCAGCGGGCGCGCGCCUUCCACCUCGCCACUGCGCUCCACCGCGCGUCCCAGAAGCCGGAGGGGCUCCGCCCCAGGGGCCUUCCAGAGGUCAUGCGGGAUCUGCCGCCGCAGGCGCUGCCGUCGGCCCCCCUGUCGGGGCCGCCGCAGGGCGAUGCCGCCGGCCCUUGGGCGCGCUCGGGAGGCCGCCUGGCGGAGGCGGAGCGCGGGGCGGCGGGGGCGGAGCACCGCGAGGCCGCGUGGCGCCGCGCCGCCGAGGCAGAGCGGUGGGCCGAGGCCCCGGGGCGGCAGGUGGAGCAGACCACGUGGGCCCAGUCCGACGGCGACAGUUCACUCGGCUGGCGCCGCGCCCGCCGAAGCCGCUGAUGCUGCUGAGUCUGCGGCUGGCACGGAGAAGGCAUGUCAGGUGCCGCGCAGCCCUCCGCCAGCGGCGGCCGCGCCAGCGGCGGCUGGGGCCCUGCCGACGACCGCUGGCAGCGCGGCGACCGCUGGCGCGAGGGCUGGGGCGAUGCCUGGACGAGCUCCCAGGCGCCGGGGGAGGCCUGGGGCAGCAGCGGCCAGUGGCGCCACGGCGGCGGCGGCUGCGGCACCGCGCCGCCGGACCCCUGGCGGCCCGCCCCGGGCGAGGAGGAGGACGCCGUGCUGCGCCAGCUCGACCUGCUGGAGGGCGCCAUCCUGGCGCAGGAGCCGGACCAAAGCGCCCGCCCGGGCGGCCUCCGCCACCAGCUCGCGGAGCUCCGCCGGGCACACCUCGCGGACCUGGAGAGGGCACGCCCCGUGGGCGCCGAGCCGCAGCCGCAGCCGCACCGGGCUGCCGAGCCGCAGCCGCAACGGACGGCGGCGCCCAGCUCCCCCGCGGCGCGCACGGGGGCGUCCGCCGGCGCGCAGGGAGGCGU